AUUUAAUUAAUUGCACACUAAUUUUCUUUUAAAACCGCUUAAAUGUAUUUAGAAUUUAGUUUCGACUUUCAAAUUUGACUUUCCCAUUUUCGCCUGUGGCGCCACCACGUGAAAAAACCAUCAAAGAAAUGACAGUUGUUAAUGUUCAGUGACAAAAACAAUUUUCUUUUAAUUUCAUAAGUUCUCACGGUUAAUUUGACUUUUCCUAGACAUGGUUUACUUAUUAAGGCGUAAAAUUUGAUAAGAGUAACGUUUCUGAUGGCUUUGGAUAUUUUAGGACAAGCUUGGAGUAUUUCCCAAAAAGGCGAAGAAAUAAUCACCGAAAAUAGCACGAUAACAGACAAGUCGACGCUCUUGAAGAAUGCGCUUAAUUCUGAUUUGAAGGAAACCGGUACCCCCGUUCUGACUAAAAUCCAGAAUAAAAAUAGUAUUUCUCAGGUUGUGCUCCAAAUUCAAAAAAUUAGGAACAUCGGGGCCCCCAAAGCCAACGAAAACUCCCACGUGGCCCCGCGUAUGUUAAAACUAGUCCUGACAGACGGCGACAGCUACAUUCAAGCGAUUGAAGUUUCCUCCAUAUCUGCACUUAACCUAGACAAAACCCCUCCAGGCUCCAAAAUCUUGAUCCAUUCGGCAAAAAUCAGCUCAGGUUAUAUUCUCCUAGAAUCAAACAACUGCUCCUUGUUAGGGGGCAAAGUUCCAGCUUUGUUCGAAAAGUGGGAGUUAGCCAGGAGUGUUCAGUACCACAACAGACAAACUUCGUCUAGCGAUGGCCCCCCAGCUUGGGUAAACUUCGGUUGCAAAAUCCAGUCAGAAAUCCAGGACAAACCAUUCAAGUCAUUGGACAAUAAAUCCGCAGAAUGCAAAGAAAACACGAAGUUCGAUUUGCAGAGACAAGACGCGAUAGCUGAGGCCACUUCCGGCGCGGUCAAGAAAGUGUUCGGGGGCGGCGCGAAACCGGUGCAACCGGCGCCGCCUCCCCGCAGCCGACCCGACUUUUCCGGCAAAGACAAAAAGAGCAAAACCAAACUCGGGGCGAAAGACGUAGACGAGAAGCCCCUGAAACCGUCAGAAAGAGUUUCGCUGUUCGAUUUUCUCGAGGAUAAGUUGCCCCCGAAUGAGGCUAGCAACGGGAAUGCGACACCUUUGGAGCCUGUCCGGUUCGUGAACGACAGCAACCAGCGCAGUAAAAAUCGCACUUACCCAAAACCGGAUCAGUAUAACCCAAAUAAAAUCAAAAAUGAGGUGAGACCACAGGCUUCGUUCAAUAAAAUAAACGAGAGCGUCAAUGGGUUGAGCAACAGUUUCGAGAAAAUGGCUUUGAAUACCCAGUUCGCUAGCAGGAGUUUGAAGCAGCAUUUAAAUUUAGGACCGCAGAAGAAAAAUAGCGUGGAGGAUGCUGGGAGUAUCAUGUGGAAAGUGGGGGAUGAUUGUGUCGCUAAAUAUUGGGAAGAUGGGAAGUUUUAUAAUGCCUCUAUUACUGCUGUCACUGAUAAGACGUGCGUGGUCAAGUUUAAAGGGUAUGGCAAUAUUGAAGAGGUGUUGAAGAGUGACUGUCUUCCAGUAGUUAGUAAAGAAAAUAAUAAAAAACCGCAUUAUACAGGACCAACAGAAUUUAGAAGAAGUGCGAGGACUUACAGGAGGCAAUAGCCAGUCAAUUAUCAAUCACUUACUUACCUGAUGAUAUUUAUUGUUGUUUUUUACUAAUAAAUAUUUCUAAAUCA